AUGUCCGGUGCCGCCCUUCCCCAUCCCCGCUCUCUCACAGCAACCGAUCACGACGUCAAGUCCCGCGCCGAUGCGUCCCCAGCUCCCAUCAAGACGGACGACUCAGAGCAACCCAAGCUGAAUCGCCCGCGACGUGACUCUUCCCCCUUGUCCGAUGUAUCCCAAAAAGGCGAGCCUCGCUCCGUCAAGAACCACCCGCUCGACCGUCGCGACGACACGGACGAUAACCACGACCACGAUCCUGAUGACGCCAAACCCAACCAUCACCAGCUCGAUCGCGUAAAGGCUGUCUCCCCGGCCUCAUCCAGUCACAGUCGUUCCUCUGCCAAGCCAGACCGCAAGCAUCUCCUCGAAGCUGAGAACGAUCCAGACCUCUAUGGUCUACGACGGUCCGGCCGCGCUAGCAGAAAGUCCUACACCGACCUCAACGACGAAGCCGCCGACUCGGAUGACGCUGAUGCAUCCGUCUCGUCAAGACGUCGUCAUCACACCAAGGCUGGCCGCACCUCGAUUCGCAGCUCCGUCCAAGCCACCGACGAUGAAGCCAACGAGGCCGCCGCCGAUGACUCUGACGAUCUCGACGACAGCGACGACGCCGAGGAUGACGAAUUUGGCCCAGCAAAGUCCAAACGCAAGCGCAAACACAAACGCUCUGCCGCUGCUGCUAGACUCUCGUCCGCCGAUCUCGAAGCCUCGCGCGUCUCGAGCCGAAAUGGCAAGCGCAUCCCCAACUACACCGACGACUACGCCGAUUUCGGCGACGAUGAUCCCUUCGAAGACGAAGCCGACGUCCAGGCGCAGAAAAGUGCCAACCUAGCCGGCGACGUGGAAGAGGAAGACGUCAUCGAAAGCAUCGUCGGCCACGAGCGACACGAGGAUCGUCUUGACGACAAGGAGGACAUUCCUACCCAGAACAUGCGCUUCAUCGUAAAGUGGAAAGGCUACUCUCACCUCCACGACACCCACGAGACCUACGACUUUCUCCGCCGCUACCGUGGCUUCAAGCGUGUCGACAACUACAUCAAGUCGGUCCUCCUGCGUGAAAAGGCACUCCUCUCCGACCCCAAUGCUUCACGCGAAGACGUUGAAGCGCUCCAGAUCGAAAAAGAGAGGCAGAUCGAACUCAUUGAGAGCUUCAAGACCGUAGAACGAAUCAUUGCCCAGCGCGACAACCACGCCAACAAAGACAUUCCCUACCCGCACCUUGCCUACCUCGUCAAAUGGAAGGGUUUGCCCUACGCUGACUGCACCUGGGAAGCCGAGCAAGAGAUCAAAGACAUUGCUCAGGACGCCAUCAACGCCUACGUUAAACGCUCCGCCACCACCACCGUUCCCUGGCGCUCGCAAAACUUUUCCCAGGGCCGUCCCAAGUAUACGCGUAUGACCGAACAGCCUGCCUACAUCAGCGCAGGUACUCUCAAGGACUUCCAGAUGACCGGCCUCAACUGGCUUGCCUACCUCUGGAGCAAAAACGAAAACGGCAUUCUCGCCGAUGAGAUGGGUCUCGGCAAGACAGUCCAAACCGUCUCGUUCCUCUCGUACCUCUUCCACUCAUGCUACCAGUACGGGCCCUUUCUCGUCGUCGUGCCGCUCUCGACGCUGCCCGCCUGGAUGAACCAGUUUGAACACUGGGCCCCUGACCUUAACGCCAUCGCCUACAUGGGCAACAGCGCCAGUCGAGAAAUGAUCCGCGAGUACGAGUUCGGCCCUGCCAAAAAGAUGAAGUUCAACGUUCUCGUCACCACCUACGAGUUUAUCCUCAAGGAUCGCGCCGAGCUCGGCCAGGUCAAGUGGCAGUACUUGGCCGUAGACGAAGCGCAUCGACUGAAAAAUUCCGAGGCGCAGCUCUACGAGGCGCUCAACAGCUUCCACGCUGCGGGCAAGCUGCUGAUCACCGGCACGCCGCUUCAGAACAACGUCAAGGAGCUCAUUGCGCUCCUUCACUUUUUGCGACCGGACCAGUUUGAUCUCGACGUCGACUUUGACAUCAACAACGUCGAUCAGACCGUCAUCAAGGAGCUCCACGAGAAGCUCGACAACGUCAUGCUUCGGCGUCUCAAGAAGGACGUCAUCAAGGAGCUUCCCACCAAGUCGGAAAAGAUCCUUCGUGUCGAAAUGUCGGCCAUGCAGCAGCGCAUGUACAAGGCCAUCCUGACGCGCAACUACUCGCUCCUCAGCGGCGCCACCACCGCCCAGUUUUCGCUUCUCAACAUCGCCAUCGAGCUCAAAAAGGCGUCCAACCACCCCUACCUCUUUGACGGCACCGAGAUUAUCUCGGACAACCGCGAGGAGACGCUCAAGGGGCUCGUCAUGCACAGCGGCAAGAUGGUGCUCCUCGACAAGCUCCUGGCACGCCUCAAAGCUGACGGACACCGCGUGCUCAUCUUCAGUCAGAUGGUCCGCAUGCUCGACAUUCUCUCUGACUACAUGUCGCUUCGCGGCUACAUCCAUCAGCGUCUCGACGGUACCGUUUCGUCCGAGAUCCGAAAGAAGGCCAUCGAGCACUUUAACGCCGAAGGCUCACCCGACUUUGCCUUUUUACUUUCUACGCGUGCCGGUGGUCUCGGUAUCAACCUCGAGACCGCCGACACGGUCAUCAUCUUUGACAGCGACUGGAAUCCGCAAAACGAUCUGCAGGCCAUGGCGCGCGCGCAUCGACUCAACUCCAAGUUCCACGUGAGCGUCUUCCGCUUCCUCACCAAGGACACAGUGGAAGAGGAUGUGUUGGAACGCGCCAAGCGCAAGAUGGUGCUCGAAUACGCCAUCAUCCACCAAAUGGACACUUCCGGUACCAAUUUUGCACCAAAGGCGUCGGCCAAAAAUCAGCAGCAGUUCAGCAAAGAAGAGCUCGGCGCUAUCCUCAAGUUUGGUGCCCAGAACAUGUUCAAGAGCGACAACGAGGAUGGUCAGCAGAAGAAGCUCGACGAGAUGGAUCUCGACGACAUCUUGUCUCACGCCGAGGCGCACGAAACCGAGGCGGAUCCCACAGGUAGCUCAGCGGGCGGUCAAGAGUUUCUCAAGUCGUUUGCCCAGGUUCAAGAUUUCAAGGCGGAUCUCAGCUGGGACGACAUCAUUCCCCUCGAAGAGCGUCAAAAGGCGGAAGAGGAAGAGCGCAAAAAGGCGGUCGAGGAAGCUGCCGCGGCCGCCAGCACCUCGCGCAGACGUGCUGCAGCACAGGUUGCGCCCGGCACCUACGACAAUGGAGAAGCCGAUGACCCUUCCACCUCUCCCGGUGCAGCCAAGGAUGCAGCAGCCAAGCGCGCGCGUAAGACGGCGGCGCAGCGCUCGGUCGAGAUGAAGGAGCGUGACCUGCGUGUGCUCAUCCGCGGCAUCCAACGCUGGGGUGAUAUCCGCUACAAGACGGACCCGAUCAUCAAGGAGGGCAAGCUGCAGGACAAGAAUCGAUCCGUGCUCUUUCAGAUUUCGGACGAGCUGGUCAAGACGUGCGAGGAUGCGGUCGCCGAGCACCAAGCCUUCAUGAAGGGCAAGCAGGAGCGUGGUGAAGAGAUUUCGUCUGCGCUACGUCAGAAGGCGGUGCUGGUCUCGUGUCGUGGCAUCACAGGCAUCAAUGCCGAGACGGUGUUGAUUCGACACUACGAGCUGCGUCUGCUCGCCGAGACGCUGGACAACAUCGAAGACCCGCUCGAGUGGCGUGUGCCUUCUGAACAUCUGAAAGCUACGCUCAACUGGGCGGGUGGAUGGGACGCUAAAGACGACGCCAUGCUGCUGGUGGGGAUCUGGAAGUACGGAUUCGGCGCGUGGGAGCAGAUCGAAGCCGAUCCGGAUUUCGGCAUGGCGGGCAAAUUCUUCCUCGAGGAAGGCAAGAAGGCCAACCAGGAGCCCCAAGCAUCCGAAAAAGAUACUCCUCGGAGCGGAACCUCUGGCCCGCCUCAAGGCAAGCCUCGACCCAUUCCUAAUGCCAUUCAUCUGGUCCGCCGAGGCGAUUAUCUGCUCAAGGUGUUGCGCGAGUACGACGACAACGCCAAGGCGUAUCAGAAGAGCUUGGCCGAGGGAGGAGGAGGAGCCAAAAGCAGCAAAAAGGCGCGAAAGAGUCCUUCGCCAUCCACGCACUCGCCUGCUCCCGCGGGCAAGUUGGGCAAAGGCAGCGGUGGUGGUGGCGGAGCUGCAGACAAGCGACGACCUGCGCCCGUCUACUCGUCCGACUCUUCAGACGACAGCGAAUACGCUAGCAUGGACGAAGCCGAGUGCAAGGAGCUGAUGCGCCCCUGCAAGAAGCAACUCAAGCGAUUGAGGGACGGCACGGAUCAUCUGGAACGUGAUCAGAAAGUGUCGGUGCUGAAAGAGUGCCUAUCUGCGAUCGGCGGGCACAUUGACCAUCUGCUGGACACCAAGUUUGCCAGUCUGUCGUCAAAGGAAAAGGACCGAUGGUUCCACCACCUGUGGGCUUUCAGCGCAUUCUUUUGGCCCAAAAAGGUCAAGCCUUCGAAACUGCGAGCGAUCUUCAAUAAGCUUGUGAUGAAUGGACCGGCAGGCACGACGCCGGCAGCAUCGACACCGGCUGCGGGAGGCGGCAACAAUGGAGCAGCGGGUUCACCAGUAGCAGCGUCCGCGGGCGGUAGGGUGAAAUCGGAAUCAGCUGCCGCGGAAGGAGCGGGCGAAAAUGGGUCGAGUCACGCAGCCAGCGCUGCUGCUGCUACAGGCACGGCUUCCGGUGAGGUCAAGCGAAAGGCCAAUGCGCUACAGGAUGCGCCGAUCCCCAAGAAGCCGCGCACAUCGAUGGAGCCAUCGUCAAGUGGUGGUGGUAGUGGUGGACGAAGUAGCUAUGGCAACGGGUACAGCGGAUCGCCAAGUGGAGCCAACGCGGCCUACCCGCCUUCGUACUACCCUGCUUCUGCUUCGUCGGGAGGAUAUGGCUCGAGCGGACACGGACACGGACACGGAUACCAUGCGCCUCCACCUCCGCCGCCUACGCACCACUACGGAGCAGGACGAGAGCCGUACCCAUCCUCCUACCCGGAUCGACGCGGUUCGCCAUACCGAGAGGGACGAGAACGAGACUACCGAGAUGGUAGGUAUGCGCACCCGACGCUGCCUCCGCCUCCGCCGCCGCCGCCUGGUGGAGCUGGGUACGGAGGCUACCAUAGUUAUCAGCCACUGCCUCCCCCUCCGCCACCGCCGUCGCAUGGGUACGACUAUCGUCGCUAA